ACUCAUCGCCGGCGACCCAACUGCCUCGCUCCCCAAGAUCAAUGGCUGACGGUGAAGAUAUCCAGCCACUUGUAUGUGACAAUGGCACUGGAAUGGUCAAGGCUGGCUUUGCUGGUGAUGAUGCCCCAAGAGCAGUUUUCCCUAGUAUAGUUGGCCGCCCUCGGCACACAGGUGUCAUGGUUGGGAUGGGCCAAAAAGAUGCCUAUGUGGGCGAUGAAGCACAAUCAAAAAGGGGUAUCUUGACCUUGAAAUACCCUAUUGAGCAUGGCAUUGUAAGCAACUGGGAUGACAUGGAGAAAAUCUGGCAUCACACCUUCUACAAUGAGCUGCGUGUUGCCCCUGAAGAACAUCCGAUUUUGCUGACAGAAGCUCCUCUAAACCCAAAGGCAAACAGAGAGAAGAUGACCCAGAUCAUGUUCGAGACAUUCAAUGCACCAGCGAUGUAUGUGGCUAUUCAAGCUGUUCUUUCUCUAUAUGCCAGUGGUCGUACAACUGGUAUUGUGCUUGAUUCUGGUGAUGGUGUGUCCCACACUGUGCCAAUCUAUGAAGGAUAUGCCCUUCCUCAUGCUAUUCUUCGGCUGGAUCUUGCCGGCCGUGAUCUGACUGACUCCCUGAUGAAGAUCCUUACGGAAAGGGGUUACUCCUUCACUACAACUGCAGAGCGGGAAAUCGUAAGAGACAUAAAGGAGAAGCUUGCCUAUGUGGCCCUUGAUUAUGAGCAGGAGCUGGAGACUGCCAAGAGCAGCUCUUCUGUCGAGAAGAACUACGAACUGCCUGAUGGGCAGGUCAUCACGAUCGGUGCUGAGAGGUUCAGGUGCCCAGAGGUGCUAUUCCAGCCCUCGAUAAUCGGUAUGGAAGCUCCUGGGAUUCACGAGACCACAUACAACUCCAUCAUGAAGUGCGACGUGGACAUCAGGAAGGAUCUCUACGGCAACAUUGUGCUCAGUGGAGGAACCACUAUGUUCCCUGGCAUUGCCGACAGGAUGAGCAAGGAGAUCACGGCGCUUGCACCGAGCAGCAUGAAGAUCAAGGUGGUGGCACCUCCUGAGAGGAAAUACAGUGUCUGGAUUGGUGGUUCCAUUCUUGCCUCCCUCAGCACAUUCCAGCAGAUGUGGAUAUCGAAGGGAGAGUACGACGAAUCUGGCCCUUCGAUCGUCCACCGCAAGUGCUUCUAAGCCUUCGGUCCUGGCUUCCUCCGCCGUACCCAGUCUCUGAGAUUUCCCACGCUCUCCCCCAACUCUGCAUCAAGUGUUCCCCGAGUCGCUGCGACCGUUUUCGCAGAUGCAGGGGUGUAUUGCUGGCUGGAUGGAAGGCAACCGUGUUCCGUUCGUUCGUUCGAGACGUUCCUAUAUUAGUGAUGAUGUUGUCCGUUCUAGUCAUAUAUGUCAAUAUUAGUCUGUUGGUGCGUGCGGAAGAAUUGCUGAGCCGGGUUUGGCUUCGAUGGCUGUUCUGUGGCUGCAGAACAUUAGCUUGUGUUGUGUAUGUAUAAA